AUGGUCCUGGAGCUCCAUGUUUGGGGUCCGGCGUUUUCGCUGCCGUCAAUCGACGCUCAAUGCCUCGCUACUAUCACCUAUCUUUCUCUAGUCCUCCCCAAGGACGCGUGGGUGUUGAUCCCAAGCAGUGAUCCUUCCGUCUCUCCUACCCAUGAACUGCCCGCUUUGAAAAAUGGCGCGACCUGGGUUAGUCGGUUUAGGAAUAUCGUUGAUUACCUCCGGCAGUAUUCGGAUGGUGAAUGGGAUUUGGAUGCGGGUUUGAAUACGCUUCAAAGGGCGGAUAAUAUUGCCUUCUCCUCCUUUGUCGAAUCCCGCGGUCAACCUCUCCUCGACCUCUCCCUCUACGUUACCAGCCGAAACUACUACGCCAACACCUCGCCCGCUUACGGCUCAAUCCUCCAAUGGCCCAAUCAAUGGAUCCUUCCUCCGCAGCUACACACCGCCGCAAAAACCCGAACAGACCACCUCGGUCUCUCCUCCUUGGACUUGGAAGCCAUCGAGGACCAACGGAAACGCGAACACUCGGCCGCCGUCGCCGCCGGCCAUGUUCCUAAGAACUUCAUCCCGAAACCCAAGGAGACGCCCACGGGGCUCCUGGGCAAGUCCUCGCAGCAAAACCAGUUCAAGCUGGAGGCGUUGACGGCCGAGUUCUUCGAGCCGUUGGAGGAAAUCCUGAAUGCGAAGACGUACUUCCUCUCUGAGGAUGCACCUUCUAGCUUGGACUGUCUGGCUUUCGGCCACUUGUGUCUUGCGCUCGUCCCGGAUCUCCCGUACUCGUGGCUCCGCGAUGCUAUGAAGGCCAAAGGCUCGCAGUUGACCACCUACACAGAGCGCAUGCGCACCCGCUUCUUCGGCGUCGUCGACGUCCAGCGUGCCUUGGCCGGAACUUCCACCGAAACAUCCCCCUUGCCCUGGCAAGCUCCCCAGCGCGCCAGCGUCGGAAAAGUAGGCUACACCCUCCUCAACACAUUAGCAGACGCCACCCCCAUCGUGAAAGACCUACGAGCGCAGACCCAAAUCCGCGAAGCAGCCGAGUCGCCCAAUUCCGGGCUGUCGGCGGACGAAAGCCAAGCGGUGUCUAACUAUGCCCGCGGCCAAAAGAGGGAUGUAUUCGUCUCCAUUGCGGCUGUUGCUGGCGGUGUCGCUGCGCUGGUCGGGUAUAUGGUUCACGUAGGAUUGUUUUCUGCGGCUGCGGCAGAGGAGUGGACAGAAGAAGAGGAAGUGGGAGGAGUGGGAGAGCCAGAGGGGGGUCUGGAUUUGAAGAAUCUAGAGCAUGUGGAUAUCUUAUCUGCAGCUGCAUCUGCCUUGUAG